AUGGACCGCACUUUGAGAGCGACAUAUCGCAUGACGCGCCUCCUGACCCCCCCAGAGCCUGUUCACAGUUUGAUUGCCUCUCUUACCGGCGACAUCACCCCACAGGUCGCAUGUCUGCUCUUCACCUCUCUGCCACCAGAGAUCCGGCACCGCAUAUUCUCCUUCGCGUUGCAGAGUUACGACGACACAUCCAGACCAUACCCCGAUAACUCUUACUACUCGCGCCCGGGUUAUAGAUACCACCAGCGGAUCAACAUUGCGCUCCUCGCGGUGUGCCGUCGCAUCUACACCGAGACGCACGCGCUCGCAGUGCGUGUGAAUGAGCACGUGUUCUGGUGCUCUUCGAUGCGCGGCCCGCCGCGCGCCUUCUUCGACAACCCGAAAUGGUAUUUCAGCAAAUUCACUGUUGAGCAACGCGCCGCCAUCAGCCACAUUCAUCUCUUCACGCAGAUGUACUGGGUGGAGCGCGCACAGAGCUUUCGCGACUUUUGCGAGCUCGAGGAUGUGCACCCGAAGCAGCUCACGAUCACGAUUAGACACACGGAUUGGUGGUUCUGGGAGUUGAACACGCCAUUGGCGAUGAAGCUCCAUUGGCUGGAAUAUCUACAGCCUAUGAAAAAGCUUACUACGUUGGUUAUGGAACUUGAAACCAUCGAGCGUGACCACGACCAGUUGGACGCUGUUAUCGAAAACGUACUCAACACAUGCCUUGUUAUUCGUGCCGGAUCACGGACUCUGAAUAUACAGAAAGAUGGCCUCACGACAGUGCCUUACGUCGGGCCUGCUAUCUACAAGUACGACUGGGAUUCUGAUUUGGAGGAAAGCAUUUAUUACUCCAAACAAGACGAUCGAUGGAUCACUGGAAAGACAGAAACCGAUCCGGGUCCCAUCCCCAAAACGAAAGAAGUUAAUUGCCUGUGCACAUACAAUGCCCGGAGCGCCCGCCCAUUCCCAAGAAUAUCCACUGCUCGCGUAAAUGAUGCUCAAAUGGCAAUCAUCGGCAUUAAACUUCUUGAUGAGCAGAUGGUCACGGACAGAUAUCAAACUCGUACACUCUCCGAUACGAAUGGCGAAACAGUGGAGUUGAAAAUCUGA